UGCUCUAGGAGUCUGGUCGCGGAAUUCCAUAGUUGAGAAUUACGAAGAUCGAUCGGUUUGGUGAAUGAGUAAAACAGACGCUAUUGGAUUCCAUAUUAUGCAGGGGGAUGUGUGUUAUUUUCAGGGCCAGAGAUACAAUGCCUUAAUAGAAGCUCAGCUUGAUGUUGGUUUUUAUUGCUUUAUUAUAGUUGGUUUUAUGAUGUGUUGCUAAUUAUUUGUGUUUUCUUUCUGGCCUUGGUUGUGCGGCCUGUGAGUGAUUGGAGCCUAUGUGCUGUGUGAGCAUUGCCCAACCUACGGGUUUAUAGUACAUUUCUUUUGAUCUGGCGCGUUCACAUAUUUAUGACUGUUUUUUGCAUAAUAAUAACCGUGUCCAGUGAAAAUGGCAAGCAUUUAAGAUUGGGAUGUUUUCAUUUUCUUUUGUGUUUACAUGCUUAUAUUGCCACACAGAAACCUCAGAGGUGGUUUGUAUCUGAAAAAACAAUUUAAUUGGGCCAAGUAAGUGAGUUUUCUUUUCCUUAUUUUACUUAAAUGUAAACAUACCUCUAAUGAUUGUGUUACGCCCAAGGAAAAUAAUUAAGCCAGUUCCACCAAACCAGUUUGAAUCCAGCUCUUUAGCAGAGCUUUGUGAUGAGGAUGAAACAACUGAAAAAAGCUGUUCAGUUCUCAUCAAUCCUGCGCUCCCUUUACAUUAUCCCUCUGAAGCGACUGGUGAUGGAAAGAAUGUGCCAGGUCAUGUGCCAAAGGACAUAGAGAGUGGUGUGAUUGAAUCUGGUGGAAGCAAAGUGGUGUCUACAGAACCUGAUGCUACCAGCAUGAAUGACACAGGGAUGGAAAAACUAGCACUUCCAGAGCCUGUUCUUACUUUUAAUGACUCUGGAGGAAGUAUCAUUAAUGCUUCAAGUUUGCCAUCUUGUCAAAGACAGGUGAAAAGACAAACCAGAAGGAAGGCAACUGAUCUGUGUGUUGCAAAGGUAUCUGAAACAGAAAAGUGUGAGAGUUUAGUACUAAAUACACAUUCCGCAAAUAUGAGGACUAAGGCUACAGUUCCACUUAAUAUUAAGAGUAUUUGCAGUCCUGCUCAUGUGCUGCACAAACAGAGAUUAUUGACAAAAAUAGGAAACAACCCAAAAAUUGAUAAGGAAGAUUGGAGUAGUGUAGGAGAAACACAAGGAUGUUUGAAGCUAAUAGGAAAGAAAAGGGGAAGGAAACCACAAUCUAAGCAGAAUGUUGUGUGUGGCAAGGGAGAGGCUCAGGAAUGUGGACAAAUAAUAGGACAGAAAAGAGGAAGGAGGCCAACAACUGAGAAGGGUACUGUGUGUGGCAUAGGCCAGUCUCCACAAUGUGUUGAAUUAAUAGCACAGGAAAGGAAGCUAAAAACAGAGAACAGUGUUGUGAGUUGUGUUAAGAAAGUAGGAAAGAAAAGGGGGAGGAAUCCGAAAACUGAGCAGAAAGUUGUGAGUGGUGAAGGCGAAACACAAGGAUGUGUAAGAAUAACAAGCAUGAGAAGGAAAUUAAAAACUGAGCAUGAUGCUGUGCAUGGCACAGGAGAGACUCGGGCAUGUGAAAAACCAGUAGAAAAGAAAAAAGGCAGAAAAGUGGGUGAUGGUGUUGGCAAAAAUAAAAUUAGUGCUGGGUGUUGUGCACAGUUGGAUAAAAUGCGUACCCUUCAUGUCAGGGUACAGCGAUUGCCAUUGAACUUUAUCCCCCAGUGGGCAGAAAUCUCCACAGCACAUCAAAGGAGUGUGCCACUUCAGGAGUCUGAGUAUAGGCAGGAAGGUGGUGCAACAAAAACAGAAGACAGGAAUGAUGCUACAGAUGUGACCUGCUUAAAAAAGAAUCGCAGGAGUCCUAGACAGCCAAAACUCUGUGGAUUCCAUUGUUGUGUUUCAGAGCAAGGGACGAAACAAGAUCGUACACAGCAGAAAGCUUUAUGUUCUACACACAACUGUUCUUUCACUGUUACAGAUCAAGCACACACGGUAAAUGGAAUAAAGUGCAUGCGAAAUCCAUUGCUUGACGAAGCAAAAAAUAGAGAAAGUAAAUGUUCAUAUGGUUGUUCCCAGUCUUUAACAUUUCUAAAUCCUGUAGUAAAAUUACGUAACUGCAGCAACAUGAAGAGGCUUAUACGUUGCUCAAAUCUGAGGGUAAGCAGUCCCAGAAAUGAGAAUACAUGUCCUGCAGCAACAGUAGAAGAACCUGAUCCUCAAAAACAACUACCAUCUCCUGUUUACACUGUAAAUUCAGUUGUCGGUACAGAUUCUUCUAUUGGAGGUAAUAAUUCCAAGGAACUGCAAUCUAUUACAAAUGGCUUGGCAAAUAGGAAAAUUAAAAGAAUAUUGAAGGUAAAGUGGGACUUUGGAAAAAAAACAAGUAAUUCUACAACAUGUUUUAAUGAACAUAUUCAAAGGGACUCUGCAAUGUCUGUCAAACAGAAAACGAAAGAUUUAAAAUGUAGUAGUAAUCAUUCUGUCAACACUGAAUCAUCAGAUCCUUGCACUAAUGCUUUGGAAAAGAAUAUUGAGGAGAUAAACAAUAACAAAAGUGACUCUGUACAUUUGAAUUUGAAGGAAACUCUUUUUGAUCAAAGCCCAAGUCAAAACAAAAAUGAAAGUUAUGCUUGGCCUCCGAUAGAAUGCAGGACUACACAAUUACCACUUGUAGUGUCAAAGUAUGAAGGAAAUGAUAGGGAAUCCCUUGACUUAGAUUGUUCCGCAGUUAUUAGAAUGUCUGUAAAUGAGCCAGUGGUUGGUGGCUUUUCAGACUGUUCACUUACAGAAGAAGAGGCUAACUUUGUAAAUAAUAAUCAUAUAAAUGAGUGUGCGGAAGAAUGCAAAACCUGUUCCUGUCAGAGAACAAUUCAGUUUACUGGGAAAACCAAAUGGAAAAGUUCUUGUGCAAGGACAUGUGUAUGGGCUUUCCCAAGAAAAAGAGCUUCCACUUUAUUUAGUACAGAUAUACUUGGACUUGACUCAGAAUUGUCUCUCACCCCCUAUCCCAGUGAUAUAAAUUCUUUAUUUCAGAGUAAUGCAGUAGAACCAUUGCAGAGCACAAUUGAUGACAGCGAAGGAAUAUGUAAAAAACUAAAGUUGGAUUUUAUAUCGAAAAAUGACCCUCUUGCUGUCAAAGCUAUUUAUGAUGAGGGUUUGCCUCAUCCUCAGUCAGAAACUCCUGAGCUACCUAAUACUGUAAUUGAGGAGGUAUGUAAUGUAACUGAAAGUGUCCAUUCACUAGAUGAAGAAAACCGCUAUGAAAAUUUAGAUUGUUGGCCAUGCAGUUCAACUAUUAUUGAAAGUACCAUCAAUAUUCUUACUCAACCGCUUCUUGAUGAUGAAAAUGUUACCAGUUGCCCUUUUUCUGAAAUUCAACCUUUUUUACAAACAGUUGAUGACAUUGCCCUUAGCAGUUCUUUUGAAAACUCAGAACCAAGUGUUUAUUCCAGAGCCAGCUCCAUGGAACCUGAUAAGAGUUUCCUCCAGUCAGAGACUGUGCUAAAGAGUAUACAGCAUGUAUCUCCAAUACAUGAAUGUUUAGACAGUAAUGAAGCAAACAAUAAUGGUGAGAUAGAAUUCAGCUUUUUUCAUUGUAUGCACAAAACUGCAAAUGAUAACACCUGUCUAAGUGAGGAACAUACCACCAAACAACUUGAUAAUACUGGUGGCCCAUUAGAUGAUUCAAAUUCAAGUGGAUUGGCUUUGACCCAGGUUGAAUCUCCAAAGAAAAGCAAGCUCAUGGAAUUCGGAAAAAGUUCAGAUGGGAUGAAAGAAUAUGAAGAUGAUGUGCUGUUUCUAGAUGUUGUUUCAGAUGAUCCAGAUCUUUUUGGGAUUCCUGAAGAACCUUAUAAAAGCCCAGCUUAUAAUGCUGACAACAGUGAAAAUAAUAAACAGAAUGAUCUGAGUGCAUUAAUGCGUAAUCUGCAGGAACAGGAGAGCGCAAAAAUCAAUAAAAGCACAAACGAUGCCAGUCCUGAGGAAAAUGUAGAAGAGAGAAGUACAUAUUUUGCAGAAGGAAUGACUGAUCUAGAAGUUAAAAAUGACCCACUGAUCAUACCUAACUCUUUGGAGGAAAACAGUGAAGAUUUUUAUGAUGCUGCACAGUCUGAUUUUGAGGGGUUCAGAGGUCAUCUUGACCUAGAUAGAGAGGUAAAAUAUGCUGAAAAGAAUUCAUCUGAAAGUGGAAGCAGUCUGAGUUUUGAAGAGUCUUCGUCCAAGGAUGCCUCUCCAGGGUCAUCUCAUUCCCACAGCCGUUGUUGGAGAAGAGAUACCUCGCAUACCUAUAGGCCUCUGCAUUGGAUGAAUGAUUUCAGAUACUCAGGCAAACACAUGGUAAUGACGGAUGUGCUUACUUUGGAUCAGAAAGAACAGUGGAAUCAAGAUAAUCCCUUUCACGAUUAUAAACCUAUACCGAAGACCUUAUUGCCCAUUUGGUACUGCAAAUAUUUUUUUAAUACUUUCCGUGGAUGCACAAAACCAAAUUGUUUGUACCAGCAUGUACCAUCCCAAACAGAUGAAAAGGUGUGCAUGGAGUUGAUUCACAAACUUGUGAAUGAAAAUCACACAUCAUUAUUAAGACGUGCUGUUUGGAUAUUUACUGCCUACUACAGAAUGUAUGUUCCUGGUUUUCAUUACGACUCGAAUCUACUGACCAAAAUUCUCCAUGCCUUAUAUGUACGUCAAAUGUGGGGAGAUGUAUUUCAUUUGUUGGUACAGGGAGCCAUUGUCAAAAUAUUGCCCUCCUCUGAAAUGCUUAUCAAGUUAUUUGAAAAUAUUGCCACUGCAGGAUUAGCAACCGCAGUACCAAGUUUAGUGGAUGUAUUCUGCAAGCUUGUGGAAGCUGGAAUGAUGCUAAAGCCAGAGGAAAUCAACAUGUUAAUAGCCGCAAUGAACCAUCUCCAGGCAACCAAAAAUUCCAUCAGUAUAAUUCUAGACAUAAAAACAAGGAUUGAAAUGCAACUUUCAAAAAAGAACUGGCUGUGUAACUUGGAUAUAGCGGUUGCAGAAGUUGGGCAUUGUAAAGAAAAAAAUGAUUGGCAGAAAUUGGGAACAUUGUAUCUAAACCUACGUAAAGGUUGUGAGAAUGUGACCGACCUUAAGAAGUUUUCUAAUUGCAUUGUGGGGGCACUUCAGAAAGAGUCAAAGGACGAUAAAUCUGAAGUUCCAUAUUGUGACUUUGCAGACACAGUGUACAGAGACGCCCAACUAAGUGAAAUUGACAAAAAUAUUUUAGGAAGAAUUGGAAUUUCCAUCAUGUAUCACUAUUCCAGAAAUAAACUUUGGCAAAAGGGAAGGAAGGUGCUCAAAAAACUUCAGAAAAUGCAGAUCCAUUUCACAGUCCUAAAUGGACUCACAGGGGAUGAGAGUAAAGCAACACGAUGUCAAGUUGUAAACACAGCUGUAGAGAUUUUCUUAAACUGUAAAUACUUAAAUGGUGCAUUGUGGGUUCUGCGAGAGUCAGAGUGGAUUAUUAACACACAAGUGUGGCCCUGUGAAAGGAUGGAUGUGCUAAAUCGCCAUAACCUGCUGUGUACAAUUGCACAGGAAACGCUGAAUAAAAACAUGUUUGAUGUGUGUCUCGAGGUGCUUCAGAAUCUGCCAGGACUGCAGUGCUCAUUAACGGAUGUGGAUGUCUCCCAAUACAGCUUGCUUUUUAACAAACUUUUGGAAUCCUGCAUAGAAAAUAAUACUCUUGGUGUAUCCUCAAAUGUGAUAGAUUUUAUGGUUGCCAAAAAAAUUCCAGUUGACUUUACCUUACUCAGAUCAUUAAUCACAUCCUUGGGACGAAGUUGUCUAUGGCUCCGAGCAAGAGCACUUUAUAAAUGUGCAGUAUCAUUGGGUUGCUACCCACCCAUGGAAGGAAAUCUGUAUCGUAAAGUGCUUCUCAUCCCCUCUUUCGUUUCCGAGAUAGAGAUGUUGUUAUCCAUUGAAAUUUUCAUGGUAUCGAAUGCCAGCAGCAUUCAGUCACCAGGAGGCAGCAAUCAGAUUCUGCAAAUCAUUCUGAAAAGAUGUGAAGAAGAGAGAGUUCAGCAUAAAGAUUAUACUAAAUGUAAAGAUGACUAUCAGGAUGCAGUGGGCCGGCUGGUUCAGGCCUCUAGGCUGUCAACACCAAGACUUGUCAUAAAGCACAUGACUGUCAAUAAUGCCAAUGAACAGGUUUAUAUCCUUGACUAUAGCUACUCUCUGAAAUGGUUGCAUGAAAACAUGAAAUGGGCUGGCAAAGUAUGGCUUUUUCAGUAAGUCCUAGUUUAAGGAAAAAUAUAACAGCAUUAUUAGGGUUUAUCCUUUGUCAGCUAAUAUGAGGGUAUAUUCUAAUAGCGUGCACACACACACACAGUUAAAAUUGCAUAUGAGUUGGAGAAACUCUUCCUUUCGUUGAAGCAUUCACUGUAGUCUAUAACAGAAAUAUGUGCCGUUUGUCAAAGUCUAAUGUGUGCCCUUUAAUGAACUUUCUGAUGAAGAUAAAACAGUUUGAAGAUAACCCCUUCUAAUCAGGGGCAUUUUUCCUUUAAUAGAUGUAUCUUUCAGCAACAUCUUUGGCUCUUAUAAUUUACAGUAAGUAAUAAAAAAUGUAAAUAAAGUGUAUAU